GUUACUCAAUUUUCCCGAGCGCAUUAGUUCACGAGAAAUGGCCGUGGAACAACCUAAAGUCAAUUGCCAAACGAAUCUGAGCUACUACUUCACCGAAUAUUGCGACAAUUCGACGAUACACGGAUUGAAGUUCAUCGGGGAGAGAAAGCGGAGCUUCAUUGAGAAAGUAUGGUGGAUUGUUUCCGUAACAUUCGCGCUUUACCUGUGCGCCACGAUGAUUAAGCAAACUUACAAGAAGUGGAUCAAUUCGCCGGUGAUCGUCUCGUUCGCGACGAGCGAGACUCCGAUUUGGGAAAUCCCUUUUCCGGCCAUCACCAUUUGCCCUCUGGGGAAAACCGACCUGACCAAGUUUAACUUUAAGGAGAUUUCACCUGGCAACUAUACCGAGGAGGAAGCGGAGAACCUGACCUCCCUCGCACUCAUCUGUCCCAUGGUACUCGAGCUGUUCCCAGCUAUUAACGCGACGAGAACGAUUCACGACAAGGCCAUAGACUUUCUAAUCGACAGCGUUCCCGAUUUUGAUUCGUCCGUUAGGGGCUGCCUAUGGCGUAAUCGCUUUUGCGACAAGGAGUCGAGGAAGCUGUUUAAUCCAGUCCUGACAAGUGGGGCGGUUUGCUAUUCGUACAACAUGUUGGACUGGGGCGAUAUUUAUACGGAUGCUACAGAUUUGGAUUACUAUGAGCGGUUGGGAAUUGAGCACCAGUCAAGAUCACAUUGGAGUCCCGAAGAUGGAUACGAUGAAAAUGUAAAGAUCAAUAUCUAUCCCCGCCGAACGUCCAUGACGGGGACUAAUGGUGGUAUGGAGGUUGUACUACAGACCAUCGUUAGAGAUGCCAAUUACAACUGUGGAGAUAGUUUGAAAGGAUACAAGGUUAUGGUACACCAUCCUGGGGAAAUGCCCCGUUUCCACCAGCACUACUUUUGGGUGCCCCUGGACCAGUUAAUUUCUGUAUCGAUUAAACCGAACAUGAUAACGACGUACGGCGAUUUAAAGUCGUACAAGCCGUGGGAUCGUCAGUGUUAUUUCGAAGAGGAAAAGCAACUGAAGUACUUCAAAAUUUACAACCAACAGAAUUGCUUGCUGGAGUGCCUAACUAAUAUUACGUUCGAAAAGUGCGGUUGCGUCAACUUCCACAUGCCACGAACCGAUGACAUGCCACUUUGCGGACCUGCGUUACUCAACUGCGCCUCAUCUGCGAACGAUGAGUUUAACAGAAAAAGAAGCAGCCAGAGGAGCCACAGAUACCAAGACAAAUCCGAAACCUUCACGGACUCCACCGGAUGCAAUUGCGUACCCGCCUGCUACUCCCUUCGCUACGACGCGGAAACCUCCCAGCUCGACUGGGACUGGAAUAACAUGCUGGGCGUCAACAAGACCUUCGAAGAGAACCAGACCGUUCACCUUUCGCGCUUGCGCGUUUUCUUCAAGGACAUGCAAUUUAUGACGUCCGAGAGAAACGAGUUGUACGGGCAGACGGAAUUCUGGGCGAAUUGCGGCGGCCUGGUCGGUUUAUUUACAGGGUUCUCACUCAUUUCGUUCAUUGAGAUUGUGUACUUUUGCUCGCUGAGAUUCAUUUGCAACCUCAAAAGGUACGGGUGGCGUUACUGGUCGGGAGCUGAAGAGUUACUUAACGUCAGGGAGUAAUUUUGAUGAUUAUGUUUCUUUUCUUACCUGUACGAUUGACAAAG